GGUUAUGUUGUGAGUGAUGGGAAGAAAAAUCUCGAUUCGAUUUUUAAUGAAGAUGAGAGUUUAAUUUUGGAAUCUGGUUCUUUAGAUUUAUUAUUCUUCUGAAAACAAUUCCUACUCAAUUUACUAGUACGAUGUGGCGUCGAUAUUUGUUAUGGUUCGCUCAUGAACACGUUGAUUUCCGACAUGGUGAAAUGCAAAGUAUACUUUCAGUUUUAAAUAUUCCAAUCAGGUUCAUAGAAGAACCAUGUAUGAGGAAACCAUACUGGAUUGUGGAGUUGCCUACUGAAGAAUGCGCUAGGAAAAUAGCAUCUAGGUCCGUUCUUCUCAAAAAUUGUAUAGAACUAUGGGCUAGAGCUAAGACAGAAUCCCAACUCCACACAACUUUGAAGAGUGCGUUACUUAAUUUAACUGGUAAAUGGAUGGUGAAUAAUAAUGGGACAGUGAAUGAUUGUGGAAUAAGUGACGGCCAUGUGUGCCCGCGGUCUCUGAUUGAUCCUUGCUGUUCAAAAGACAAGUCGUUCAAGAUUGAAGUUGAGACUUUCUGUAAGCAUUUCUCAAUGAAAGAAAAAGUUGAUAAGAUUGAGAAAUUCAGCUACAUGCCCCUGGAAGGUGCUGUGAAGCUGAAGAAACCAGACGUGACUCUGUCAUACUUGGAGUUCUAUGGAGUGGACCCAAACAAUGUGCCUGAGGAGCCACAUGACUUAUUUUUUGGAAGAUGGAUAGCUGAUGGGCAGCGUGACGUCAUCCAGUUCCACUCGCUGAAGAAGCGCCAGUUCAUCGGGAACACCAGCAUGGAUGCUCAGCUGGCACUGAUCAUGGCUAACCAGGCUCGGGUGGCCCCGGGCGACCUGGUGUUGGACCCAUUCGUUGGGUCCGGCUCACUGCUGGUUUCUGCUGCUCAUUUUGGAGGUUUUGUGUGGGGGUCAGACAUAGACUUCUUGAUGCUACACGGCAGAACACGACCCACGCGCGUCGGACAAAAGGCGCGCGCGAAAGAAGAGAGCAUUCGCGGCAACAUGAAGCAGUACGGCACAUCAUCACGGUACCUUGACGUGAUGGUCAGCGACUUUUCGCUGCCCAUGUGGAGGGACAGCCUUAGAUUCGACGCGAUUAUCACUGAUCCACCGUACGGCGUCCGCGAGCCGGCCGAAAAGAUAGGCAUCGAGAAACCCAACUACAUCCUGAUCGAGGAGCACCUGGUGCACCACGUGCCUUCCAAGGUGGAGUACGCGCUGCCUCACAUCUACAGCGACCUGUUGGACUUCGCUGCGAGGAAGCUCCGGAUGGGUGGCCGGCUGGUGUGCUGGUAUCCGCUGGUCAGAGAGGAGUACAAAGAGGAUCAACUCCCGCGACACCCGUGCCUAGAACUCGUAUCUAACUCCGAGCAAGUAUUGUCGAAGCUGACGGCGCGUCGACUGCUGACCUACGAAAAGAUGCGCGACGACAUGCCUAACUUGCCCGUCGAUCCGCACUCGGGGACCCACAACUUCAGAGAAAAAUACUUCGCUAUGGGUGAGAUAUCGAGGCGAGAGAAGAAAGAAAGACGCGCGGAGGAAAUCGCCGCCACCGCUGCGUAUAAAGCGAAGAUGGCCGCCGGUGACGUCACGUGAUAAUAUUCUAUUUCUGUAAGAUGUUUUGUAAAUACAACAAUCAAAUUUUA